GCAGAGCUACGAGCCUUUGAAGAAGAAAGCCAAAUGGGUGAAGAACAGAUACAGACAUUAUUGGCAGAGGAAGGGGAGGAGGAAAGACAAAAAGCUGAAGAGAGGCCGAGAGAGAUGGAAGAACAGCUGAACGGGGAUGAAGAACUAGCGAGAAAGCUAAGCAGUAAUACUAAUGACCGGGACAGAAAUGUCUUGCCUCCUUCGAGUUCAGGAAAAUUGGGAACAGUUACAGACAAGUCUCAAACGAAAAGUGAGAAGAAACUCAGCGACGCUGGAGAUACUCCGAAGUAUGUGUCAGCUACGUUUCAGUUUGCGUCAACAUCACAGUCUGAAGUUGUACAAGAAAGCAGGGAAAUCUCCGCGUCCGAGGAAACUGACAGCAUUGUCCUUAAAAGCCCUAUGUGGCAAGAUAUAGAAAUUGACGAAGAUGUGCCAACAUGUUUUCUUCAAACAGGCCUGGACGCUGAAGAUCAGGGUGCACAGUCUUCAGCAGAGCCACCCGUGCCUCAGUUAGAUGUCACUGGUAGAGAAUCGUGCUUGAAACGAAACAUGAAAACGACAGGAGGCAAUCGCGAUGAAGAGGUUCCUGCCCUAAAUCACCAGGGACCGGAAGCCGGCGCUCCCUGCUUUGGAGAAACAGAGAGUGCGUGUACUCCUCGAGGUGGGACACACCUUGAGAUCCCUAAAAAGGUCAUGAGUGAGACAGAAAAUGAAGACGCUUGGCUGCUGACCAGUAACGUUAUUGCCAAAGGAACAACCCAGGAAGCUUCUUUUGAGGCAGUCCCGGAUCCGUGCAUUUCUCCAAAAAGAAGGAAAGUGUUCCCCAAAGCUUCCACAGUGCAAGACAAAUCAGAAAUCAACGUUACCCAGAAUCUGAUAGACACAGAACACUCUCUUCUUGACAGAAAUAAACAGGAAGAGCUAGACUGGUUGUUCGCCGUGAAGCUUCAGAAAAAAUUCAUCAAAGAACAGACGACGCCAGACCGGCAAAAAGGAUCCCCGGAUGCGUAUCAGUUACGUGGUACCUCUUCGCUGUACCACUGCCCAUUGCUAAGUGGGCUGAAGAAACAUUCCAAAGACUGUAGCUUCAAGAGCCAAACUGAUAGAGAGCAACCAAAAUCUCCAAGAGGCCCAGAAAAUGAAAAGUAACAGCCUUCUUUCCAGGUCCAGUUGAAGCAUUCAGUUAAUGUUAACAGGAGAAAAAAUGCCAAGUGCCUCUUGAGAUCAUAGUAAUGUAUCUAAAAGUGUCCAUUCCCUAUGCAGAAAAAUAUUAGGUGUUUCAAAGGUAUGGAAAAUAAUUUGUGGAUAAAGGGAAUGUUUUAUAAUCUAGUAAAGCUGGAAUUGUGAUGAUUUCUGUCAUA